GAUUUAAAUAAAAACUUAUUAUCAAUCUUCUGCAUUUUUAAUCAAAAUAUCAAAUUAAUCUUUAUCAUAUAACAUUCUUUAAUCAUGUAAGAGUUUUGAAAAAAUAAAAUAAGAGAUUUAUUUCGUAUAGCGAGUUUCCUAAAAAUGAAAGAACCGUUGCAGAUUUAUAUUUAGUAAAACGAAGAUAUUACGAUAUAAAUAACGAAUAAUCAAGAAGACUCGUGAAUAACUUAAAGUAGACUAAAUAUAUUUCCAUACAAAUACGUUUCUUAGAAUAGACAGAGCACUAAACUUAGUACAAAUUGCUCAUAUUACGUUGAAAGUUAUUCCAAUUUAGAGGAUUGGACUAACACACAUAUUAAAAGAAUCUCAAUAAGAAACAAAUAAAAUUAUACAUCUCAAACACAAAUACCAUAUUUAAACAUAUCUGCAUAACGACCCAAUUGCAACGGUUUGCAUGCUUGCUCGAUAUGACAAUUACAUAUUCCUGAUGCCGCGCUGCCGGUCGUUGUCGCGAUGCUUCGGACCGCUUAUAGAGAGUUAGACUUAUAGACUAGUAUUGAUUAGGAACGAAGAGCUACUAAUUUAAUAUCGGAAUCGAACGUGUAGUCGCUGCAGUUCCGCGUUGUCUUGCACAUUGUCUCAGUGUUAUCGUACAGCGACCAUCGGUCAGACGUGUUCUUUUGUGACUUUUAAGAGGAGAUAUGUUGGGCCACAUAUCGAUCUCGAUUGCAAUCCUGCUGGCGUCAUUGCUCUAUCAUUAUCACUUCAGCGAGCCGGCCAGCGUUAUCGUUUAUCCCGAGACGCAUUACGACUACAUUGUCGUCGGCGCUGGUACGUCUGGCUGCGUGAUUGCAUCACGGCUUUCAGAAAUACCGAACGUGACCGUUUUGCUCGUGGAGGCCGGCGGAUACUUCGGAUGGCUGUCGACUAUGCCGCUCUUAGCGCCGAUGAUGCAAGGCACCGAGGUCGAUUGGGCCUACCAAACGGAACCGCAAGUCUUUUCGUCCCGAGGGCUCUACGGCUAUAGACAAAACUAUCCAAGAGGAAGGGGACUCGGAGGGAGUGGGCAGCUUAAUUAUCUUGUUCACUCCUUCGGGAUGCCCGAGGACUACAAGAGAUGGCCGAAGGGUUGGUCACACGCCGACUUGCUUCCCUACUUCCAAAAAGUGUCUGAUGUUAUGAACGUUAUCCAAAUGCCGGAGGAAGAGUACUUAACGAAGGCCUUCGUUCUGGCCGAGGAAUCGUUAAAGCUGAAUAAUGUAUCCUUACGGAAAGCGAUGUACACUGCGAAAAAAGGAGCCAGAUGGAGUACUCAUCACGCGUAUUUGCGGAAGGCUUGGAAUCGCAAGAAUUUACAUAUCCUAAUGAAUACUCUCGUCGCCAAGAUACUUGUCAAAAACGACAAAGUCGAUGGAGUUAAAGUGAUAUAUAAAAACGGCUCCGUCGGGAAAAUUGGCGUGAGGAAGGAGAUAAUCCUUUGCGCGGGCGCUAUCAAUACCCCGCAAUUACUUUUAAUUUCAGGCAUAGGACCUGUCAGCGAAUUAGAGAAGCAUAAGAUACCCGUGGUGCGAAAUCUUCCCGCGGUAGGCCGGAAUUUGUUCGAUCAUCUGAACGUGCCCGUUUACGUGAAUCUAAGGGAACGAGUCAGUAUCACGUUGGUGAAGCUGCAAACCGUACCCGAGGUGUUCAAUUAUUUCGUCUUCGGAACCGGAUGGUUGGCCACUAACGGCGUAAUGGGAUUGGGGCGUGCUAAUAACAGUGGCCUCCUCCUCUUCGGAGUGGCGUCCGCGGAGGAAAAAUUGCUGAAGGCCAUCUCAAAUUUCGAGACCGAGACGUACAGGUCGCUAUUUCCGUCGUACAACGACAGCAUGCAUGAGGGAUUUAUUUAUCUGGUCACGUGUCUGCAACCGAAAAGCCGGGGGAGCGUAACAUUAAGAUCGAGUGACAUCCACGAUUCUCCAAAAAUUAAUCCCGCUUAUCUUCAGGAUUCCGACGACGUUACGUGCACCUAUCAAGCUAUAAACUUGGCGCUGGAUACUCUUGAUACGAGACUCUUUCGCGAGUACGGCGCGAAGAUCCAUGUCCCCGAUUUCGAGGAGUGUCGUCAUUUGCAACAGAACUAUCGGGACGUCGAUUAUUCAGAGUGCGUCAUGAGAACCGCGGGACUCACGAGUCACCAUCCGUGCGGCACAUGCAGAAUAAGCGCGGACGAUGACGGGGUUGUAGAUGAGGAAUUAAGGGUAAAAGGCGUGAGUGGAUUGAGGAUAAUGGACGCCAGCGUGGUGCCAUCUCCAAUCUCCGGCACUCCGAACUCCGUUCUUGUCGCGAUGGCCGAACGCGCGUCCGAUAUCAUUUUAGAUUGGUCGUCUAAAUGGAAAUUACAUUAAUUUUCUGACAUGUAAUAUAUAUACAAUUGUAAAAUAAUAACGCUCGCAGUUCGCAUAA